AUGGGAACUUGUGGAGCAAAGAAUAAAUCUAAAAAUAAAAUGAAAGAACAAGUUAUAAGUACCAAUUAGAAUAACGGAAUACAAAACCAGGAAUAGAAUAUAAAAACGAACAGAGAGGGAGAUAUUGCAUAAUAAGUUUAGCAAACUUCGGAUAAAUAAGACCCCAAUAAAGAACAAAUUGAGGAUAAAGUUUCCUAAAUUAAUCAAGAGAAAAAUAACAUUUAAGAAGAUUAUUCAAAGUUAAGCGAAGUUUUACCGAUGUCGACCGUUGGAAUACACCCUACUACUACUCCUAUUAUUUAAAUAUCAAAAAAGAAAGUUUAAGAUGAUGAUUUUGCCAAGCAUCAUUUGGAAGUAUGA